AUGGCAUCCGCUGCAAAUAUCCCCCUCAUCGACAUCUCCGCCUCAGGCGAAGAAGCACAGCUCAGGGUCGCCAAGGAACUGGUCGAUGCGGCGGUUGAGCAUGGCUUCGUCUACAUCAGAAACACGGGCGCCGAUAUACCGGCAGAUGCCGUAGAUCGCGCUUUUGAUUUGGGCAAGAAGCUUUUUGACGCUCCUCUGGAGGAAAAGCAAAAGUGCACGAUCCAGAAGAACAACCGCGGCUGGGGUGGCAUGAAAUAUGAGACACUGGAUCCUAAGAACCAGAAGAGCGGGGAUCUCAAGGAGGCCUUCAACUUUGGCGCCUUUGAAGAUGGGAAAGCCCAACAGCCUAUACCUGAGAGCGUUGCCUCUUACGAGAGCCAAUACAGUGACUUCUAUGAGUUCUGCUACAAACUUUGUCUAAAGAUAAACUACCUCCUGGGAAUCGGGCUCGAAGUCCAGCCACCGACCUUCUUCCGCGACCGCCACCUCCGCGAGGGCGGGCCAAGCGGCAACAUCCUGCGCUUCCUGUACUACCCGCCGCCGGGGUCCCUCGACCAGGACGACGGGGGCGAGGACGACGUCCGCGCGGGCGCCCACUCGGACUACGGCAGCAUCACGCUGCUCUUCCGGCUGGCGGGCCAGGCCGGGCUGGAGGUCAGCCUGCGGGACGGGUCGUGGGCGCCCGUGCCCGUGGUCCCGCCGGGCGCGGAGGGCGACCCCAGCCCGCCCAUCCUCGUCAACAUCGGCGACCUGCUCAGCUACUGGACCAACGGGCUGCUGCGGUCGACCGUGCAUAGGGUCGUGUUCCCCGGUGCCGGCGGCGGGGCCCUGCUCAGCGGGGAGAGCUGCUCCGAGCCGCGGUACAGCAUUGCGUUCUUCUGUCACCCGGUCGGGACGACGACGCUGGAGGCUGUUCCGAGCGAGAGGGUCAGGGCCCACGAGCCCACGGAUGGCGCUGAGUGGGCGGAGCGGGGGGCGAAUCCGGAUGUGGAGAGGAAGGCUAUCACUGCCGACGAGCACCUGCAGAUGAGGCUCAGGGCGUCGUAUCUACAGAUGUAUGAUAAGGAAGAGAAGCAGUAG